UCACUCCUCACUCUCCCACUUCCGCCAAAACCAUCCUCAACACUACUUGUCAAUUCCUUCCAAACUCCGAACUGUUCACCAUCUACAUUUUGUAGCCGUUGCAAUUAAAAAUAUUCAAACUCAAACUAAUGCCACACUCUCACAGCCAUCACUAACAUUAUUCCUACGAAAUGGGUUGCUGUAUUAGCUCCAACAAGACAAAAAAUUCACCGAAUCACCACCAUUUUCCAUCAAAAACUACUCAUUCCGACAAAACCCAUGUGAACAACAGACCUCCUCCUCCUUGUCUUGAAGAAGAAACUGUAAAAGAAGUUGUUCUUUCUGAAACUCGCUUGCCCAAACCACAAUCUCCAUCUCCGAAAGAGACUGAAGCUGACACCCUCCACCACAUACACAUACCCGUAAUUCACGAACACCACACGGAAGCCAAAGAUUUGAUUUUGAUCAACAAACACCACGAAGAAAUAGAAAUUUCUCAAGCGUCUCAAGUGUCUGAAAUAUACAGCGUCACCGAGAGCUUCUCAAGUGCUACUACUGCAACAACGACAACUAUAACAGAGAAAAGAGAAGAUGAAGCAAUCAGCAAGCCCACCACUCGCAGAUCUCCAGCUAAGGUACCGAGAAGGCGUCCUUACACGGGAGAAAUCUCACGUGGAGUGAAACCUCCGGCGGAUAGAGCGGGGGUGUCAAAGUCAGCUCAAGGGAGGACAAUGCCACGUAAUGUGAGGUCUACAGGAGAGAGGGGUUCUUCUGUUAGGAGGUCGAGGUCCCCGGAGACUAGGACGGUGGCGGGAGUCGGAAGGAGUGCGGGGAAGGUGGGUGGCGGAGGCAGUGACAGGUUAAGAGAAGAGAAGGAAGUUAAAAAAGAGGUAAACGACGGCGUUUUGGAGAAGAAUAAUAACAUGGUGGAGUCAAACGAGUCCCUUGACAAUCCUCAUGUUUCGUUGGAAUGCUUUAUCUUUCUGUGAAUUUUAAUUUGUAUUGGGAAACAAAAACGUCUUAAAAGUAGUUUUCUUGAUUUGGUUGUG